GAAGUGAGAACUACAAAUAAAAUUGGUGCUGGUCUAAUUGUAAGGCACAUACGUGGUGCACUUUUAACCAGGGAGCAAAUGAAUGCACCGACAUUAAUAAACAUUAAGUCUAAAAACAGUCAAAAUAUCAAAGCGCACUGACAUAAAACUGCUCGUUUAACUCCAUUCUGUCGAUAAACACAGAUAACACCAGCUCACCUCACAAGCUCUACUAUAGUCUCGUUUGCAUAUCUUGCUGCCAGAGGCUCUACCGGUAGAACCUCAUUUCAAAUUUUUCCGCAUCCCAUGAACGGCGUACUCGUACUACCAGGCGUGACGGAUAGUGGUACGAAGUAUGGCUUAACUUUCAGUGGAUCCGUGGGGGUCUGUGGUUUGCAUUUUUGGAGCCAAUGUUGAAUUCAUAUUGGUUAGAUGCUAAUAUGUCUACAGACGACGUGUGGAAAAAGAUUUGCUUGGCAUUUCCUAUCCUUGCAGAUAAUGAAUGUUCCAGAGAAUGCCCAGAAGAUAAUGUUUUGGAAGAAAUUAAGGAAUUGAAACUUAAUAAAUGCAUAGAAGACAUUGUAAUAUGUCGCAUUGAGCAGAUUAUGCGCCAGAAGAUUACUCCAGAUUUUUGGAGCAGAUUUUCUGAGCGAAAAACUGAGAUUGGUGGUUUUGAACGUUUUAAAGAUGCUGUUGACUUUUUAUACAAUUCCUUCUCUAAUUUCCUUCCAAUGUUAGAAAAUUUAGAAAAGUUUCGAACCAUAUCCAGAAUUAACCGGGUAAUUUAUGGUGAAGAAACGUUACUUGGAACUUUCAAAGUGAUUGUGACAUCAACAUUACUUUCUCAGCUUCCAUUGACCCAUCAGAUAAUUACUGAAGAUUUCUAUAAGGUGUCUUUCAAAGUGUUUUGUAAUGCAGAUAAGUCUGACGUUGACCAAGAUGAAUCGUCAGAAGAUGUUGUACAAUGUGGUGGUUGCAGUCAUGAGAUUGAACAAUGCCACUGUCAAGCAAUUCUCUUAGUUUUCCAUGAAACAAACAGGAAACUCAUUGAGUUGGACCUCCUGGAGAGACUUGCUGGUGAGGUUAUCACUACAUUGAUUCAUAUCAGGAUUGAGAAUCAUGUUCAGGAAUCCUGCAAAGGAAGCUUUGAUACAUCAUACAUAUCUUCUUUGGAGUCAUGGCUCAGUACAGUUGUAAUGGGGUGGCUGACUCAUAUUUACAAUGUAAAUGCAGUAUCAACUCAGUCUUCCAUAAAGAAAUUUCAUCAGAAAAUAUCACACUUUCUUUAUGAGACUUACACUCGCACAAGGAUUGAACAGUUGUUCAAUAUAAUUAUAGAAUAUCCUGAUUCACAGCCUGCAGUGGAAGACUUGCGGAUUUGUCUGCAGAAGACAGACUUGAGGUUGUAUCUGACACAGAAAUUGCAACGAGCCCUUGAGACACGUUUGUUGCAUCCAGGAGUUAACACUCCGGAUGUGUUAACUGCAUAUGUAGCAGCUAUCAGGGCUCUUCGACAGUUGGAUCCAACAGGAGUACUUCUUGAAACAGUGACCCUGCCGGUCAGGCAUUACUUGCGUUGGCGUGAUGAUACUGUACGGUGUGUAGUGAGCAGCCUGACGGAAGAAGGACCAAGUGAGUUAGCUGAUGAACUCGUGAGGGGUGAAGCAUUGCAACUUGACGAAGGUGCUCCUUCAGAUGAAGAUAUGACUAAUUGGGAAGGCUGGAACCCUGAUCCUGUUGAUGCUGAUCCAUCCAAGACUUCUAAAAGUCGACGAACGUCAGAUAUUAUUUCUAUGCUGGUGAAUGUGUAUGGAAGCAAAGAGUUGUUUGUAAAUGAAUAUCGUACACUCCUAGCUGAUCGUUUGUUGUCUCAGUUCACCUACAAUACCGAGAAGGAGAUACGGUACUUGGAACUUCUUAAGCUUAGAUUUGGGGAGUCACAACUUCACUACUGUGAAGUUAUGCUGAAGGAUGUAUAUGACUCCAAGAGGAUCAAUGCACAUCUGCAUUCAGAUCCCAACUUCAAACUUGAUAGGCAACAGUUCCCAUCUACGGCGAUGAUUUUGUCAGCACAGUUUUGGCCACCAUUUAAGGAGGAAACCUUGGAGUUACCUGAUUUUGUGAAGGAACACCUACAAAUUUAUACAAAAGCUUUUGAGACUUUGAAGGGAAACCGCACAUUAAGCUGGAAACCGCACCUAGGAUCUGUAAACAUUGAUAUUGAGCUGAAAGACAGGAAAUUCAAUUUGACUGUAUCUCCAAUUCAUGCCACCAUCAUUUGGCACUUUCAGACAAAAAAUCAGUGGACAGUUGAGGAAUUGAGCCAGUUGAUGCAUGUUCCUGCAACUGUCUUGCGGAGGAAGAUAGCCUUUUGGCAGUCUCAGGGUAUGCUGCGUGAAAUUUCAACCGACUCAUUUUUACUGGUUGAGGAGAGCAGUACUCGCUCCAAGUGUCCAGUGCCUCCUGACAUGGUGUGUGAGGAUGAAGAAACUGAGAGUGCAAUGGCUUCAGCCCAUGACCAAAGAGAAGAAGAAUUGCAGGUCUUCUGGUCAUACAUUGUUGGAAUGCUGACAAACUUGGACUUAAUGCCACUGGAACGUAUCCAUCAGAUGUUGAAGAUGUUUGCAUCACAAGGCCCAACAGCUGUUGAAUGCAGUCUGCGAGAAUUACGUAAUUUUCUGGAUAGGAAGGUGCGGGAACACAGACUUCUCUUCAGUGGGGGUUUUUAUCGCCUUCCAAAAUCAUGAAUGUCAGUCUACUUGGUAACAAUUUCCAUCAUGCAGGGUAAUACUGCAUUAUAAAAAAAACAGGCAGCACAAAACACAUUGGCAGGCCGCUGCAGCCCCCAACUUGAGAACCCCCAGUACCCAUCAGAUCAGAAGCUGACUGGGUCACAGAGCCAGUAAGUACAAUUCCAGUGCUGAGAUCAAAAGUAUUUGAUAUAUAUUUGAGUAGAAACAAGUUUAUAAAUGGUCAUUAUUUUUUUUAUGAAACGAAGUAUCACAGUGCUAAUGUAACUCCAUUUAAUACAAACAGUAGUCUCGAUAUUAAUUCUUAUAGCACACAUGGUAUAAUUUAUCAUGAUGUAUAGGCAUGAAAAACUUGGCUUUAUAAAUGUACCAUGUUCUCAAUAUUUUAUUUCCCAGCAUGAAAUUUAUACUUGUCUGGGUUGCAAAGGUUUUCUUUUACCAAGGCCUCACCUUAGUAAUACAUUUUCAGAUAUGUUAUUAUACAUUUAUUAAAUUUUUAGUGGGGCAUGUGAACCUUAAUCUAAUUAAAUUAAUGACAUACAA